UUCUAUCUCACUUGAAAAAGCGGUUGGUGCACUAUAACGGUAACUUGCGAUUUAUUUCUCUUUCCGAUUUGCAUUUCACCAUCUUCACUCACCAAAUCACUCUAACACAACACUACUUUCUUCUGCUCUUCAAGCCAGGUAUUUCUUGCAUGUCAUAAAUGUGAAAAGAAAUGGAGAAGGUUUAUGAAGAGCUGGAUGAAGCAAAAGCAGAAAUUGAGGAACUCAAGGCACAACUAAGAGCCAAAACAGAUUCCCUUGAGAACUUGAAGAAAUCCCAUAAUGCACAGGUCAAUCAGAUACAGGAAGCAAGGUUCAAAGCUGAGAAUCUGAACCAAAAACUUCUUCAACAAGCUGAUGAAAUCUCUGAGGCAAAGCUGGUUUGUGAAGAUCUCAAAGGGAAUCUGAAUAAAAAGGAGUCCAUCAUCAAACAUCUCAGUGCCGCAAAUGAUAGACUUCUAGUGGAUUGUGAUGACAAGUUCAAAAAGUGGGAAGACGAAAAAAGAGGGUUGGUGUUGGCCUUAGAAGAGGCAAAUGAGAAGACACAGAACCAGGAACAACAGAUUCAUCAAUACAAACAAGAGAUUGAAAGAAUGAAAGGCUGUCUUUCAGUUUCAGAGAAGAAGUGUUUGGAAACAAAGAAAAAUUUAAAAGCAUCCAAAGAACUAAGAGAAAGAGAUGACAUGUUCCAAAAGUUAGAGGAGGAAUGCAUGAAGGUGGAAGAUCAAUUAAAAUGGAAGAAGGAACAGUUUAAGCAUCUUGAAGAAGCACAUGAAAAAGUCCAAAACCAGUUUAAGGCUAGUAAGAAAGAAUGGGAGAUGGAAAAAUCUACAUUGCUUGAUGGGAUUUCUUCACUUCAGAAUAGGUUAGACUCUCAGAUCAGAAUAUCAGAGGAUUUACAGCAUCAGUUACACACUUGCCACCAAGUUCUUGCUCAUGUAGAAAGCCAGAAAAAGCGUCUGGAAUUUGAAGUUUCAAAUCUUAAGGUGCAGCUUGAUAAUGCUAGCAAUGAGUACCAGGAUGCUAGGUUACAGCUAGAUUGCUUAAAUACUCACCGCGACAAAGAUAUUGCAGAUUUGAGAUAUUUGCUAAAAACAAAAGAGGCAUAUCAUAAAGAAUCAAAGUACAGGAUGGAGAAGCUAGAGCAAGAAAAUCAAGAGCUGUGGAUGUCCCUCAAAGAACUCCAGGAAGCUCAAAUUCAAGAAGCAGGAACCUCAUAUUCACAGUCAAAGUUGCGGUCCAAGCUCAGAAAUUUGGAACAAACUCAUAAAGAGUGUGCCUCUACUUUAAAGGCUAAAGAAGCUGAAUGGAACUUUAAGCUAAAACAGUUGACAGCAGACCUGAAUAGAUGUCGGUCUGAUUUGGAAAUUAAAACUGAAUCAGUGGAAGACCUCCAGAUGGAGUUAGAAAGCUCUCAAUCUUUAGCCAUAGAGAUGAAGUUAUUGAAUGAGGAGAUGUCUGUGAUGUUGAUUGUGUUGAAACAGGGAAUUUCUGAGGCUCAAUUGAAGCUUGCAAGCCAUAAAGAUGAGAUGAAUCUUAUCAACAAAGCUAGUGAAGAGAAGACUUUUCAACUGAUGGAAAUUAAAACUGAAUCAGUGGAAGACCUCCAGAUGGAGUUAGAAAGCUCUCAAUCUUUAGCCAUAGAGAUGAAGUUAUUGAAUGAGGAGAUGUCUGUGAUGUUGAUUGUGUUGAAACAGGGAAUUUCUGAGGCUCAAUUGAAGCUUGCAAGCCAUAAAGAUGAGAUGAAUCUUAUCAACAAAGCUAGUGAAGAGAAGACUUUUCAACUGAUGUGGCAGUUGGAGAUGAAGGACGCUGCUUUGAUCAAUGCCCAGAAAAGCAUAAAUGAAGAACGUGAGAUAGCAGCACGUUUGAUGAGGCAGGUUGAGUCUUCUGUAUCCAACAAUGAACUGCAGCAUGCACUGCAAAAUGAACUUGAUAGGCACAAGGAAAUGCUGGAGGAAUCAACAAUGAGUCAGCUGAUCCUCAAAGAGAAGGUUUGGCAGAUGGAAUGUAACUUUAAAGAACAGUUGGAGAUGAAAGAUGCUGCUUUGACCAGUGCACAGAAAAGCAUAAAGGAAGAACGUGAGAUAGCAGCAUGUUUAAGGAGGCAGGUUGAGUCUUAUGCAUCCAACAUUGAACUGCAGCAUUCACUGCAAAAUGAAGUUGAUGAUAGGCAGAAGGAAAUGCUGGAGGAGUCAACAACGAGUCAGCUGAUCCUCAAAGAGAAGGUUUUGCAGAUGGAAUGUAACUUUAAAGAACAGCUUAAAGAAAUCCAUGAUGCUUUAGACAGUGUAAUCAUUGAAUUGGAUGAAACAAUAUGUGAAAGAAAUGAAAAGGAAUUUGAAUUGCAAAUAUGGAAGUCAAUUGUUGAGCGCUUGAAGAAUGAUCUUGAAGAAAAUCAUGUACUGCGUAGAGAACUGGAAACUUCACUUCUUGCACAAGUAGAUUUUGGUGAAAGCCUCAAGCAAGAAAAAGUUAGCUUGGUUUAUAAGUUGGAAGAGAAAGAGAGGAGCCUAGAUUAUCUGCAGCGACAUGUUGAGCUAUUGGAACGUGAGCUAAGAGAAAGGGGAGAAUCAGAGGUGUCCUCUGAGUCUGAUAAUGUCAGGUAUCUCCAGAUCAUAGCGGAGAAGGACAAGAUUCUAGAAGAGCUCCAGAAAGGGGUUGUUUGGCUGGAACAAGAAUCAUUCAAAAAAGAAUUUGAAAGUGCUGUGAUUGAGAAAGGCACAAUGGAAAGAACCUUUGAGCAUGAGAAAGAUUAUCUUAUCCAGAUUAUGAAAGGAAAAGACAGGAGAAUGGAUGAACUCAUGCAGCAGGUGACUUCACUGGAGCAACAGUUCACUAACUCAUUGACCACCUUUUCUUCACAACUUGCUGAGAAACAGGCUGAAAUUAACCUCAUCCGUGAUGCUUCUGACAAGAUCACAGCAUCUCAGAUUCUAGCUGCUCUUGAAAUUGAAGAGAAGAAGUUGAUGGUAGUGGAACUUGAGGAUGAUAUUCAUGCUAUACAGCAGAAACUGAAAUUGCAGGAGGAAAAGUGGAGCCGAUCAGAGCAACUUGCAUUGGAUACUGAAGUAGAAUUGGCUGCAAAACAGGUAAAGGCAAUGGAGUUGAAUGAUCAAAUGGAGACUACUAAGCUAAGAAAACCAGAUGCUUUGCUUCAGAAACUACAGAUGGAGAAUAGAAAUUUACUUGAUAGUGCCACGAGACUGUCAUCAGAAAGGGAAAACUUGUUGGCUUCUGUUCAGGAAUUCAGUGAUAAAAUCUGUGAGUUCUCUACUGCAGACACGAUACUAAUGGACAAGUUGAGAAGCAUGGUGCAGUCUUUUGAGAAUGGUUGUCCAGUAAUGAUUUUGAAAAAGGAUGAUGGUUUCCUUGUAAAAGAGAAUAUGUUGGUUCAGUCUCCCACGAGGAUAAAGAAACUUGAAGCCAAUUCUGAAACUAGAUCACCAUUCAAGGAGCUAAAUUUGCUAGAAGAAUAGGAUGUGUGCAGUCCUGUAUUUUCAGCAAAAAGGUCAUGCAGUUUGAAAAAUGUCCAUUCUUUGGAUUGUAUAUGGCAUUUAUUUAUUUAUUUGUAUUCGGUUAUUUACACAUUUACACUUUUUUUUUUUGUCAAUGCAGCUGUUCCAC